UCCAGGGCAGUUCCGAUCCGCCCCAGGGCCCACAGCUGAGGGGUGGCCCAGGAUCACAGCCGGGGUGGGCCGACUGUGCCGCCUCUGAGCUCUUAGUCACUGUGACUUCUGCUCUCUCGGUGACGAGUCCUUUCAGAAAAGCCUGUUUGACCCCAUGCUCGGCACCAGCUGGACUUUAGAAAGUACAGAAAGAAAGGUGAAUUCUGUAAUAUGCUGGGCCAGAAUAGAAACCACAGGAACAAACAGCUACCCUGGGAGGAGACCAAUGGCGAGAUCAAGCCACUGUAGCCUGGUGCCUGGCAGUGCCAGCCCUCCGCCUUUUUUUUCUUUUGUCUUUUUAGGGCUGCACCCACGGCAUGUGGGGGUUCCCAGGCUAGGGGUCGAUCGGAGCUGUAGCUCACAGUGACGCCAGAUCCUCAAGUCACUGAACGAGGCUAGGGAUCGAACCUUCGUCCUCCUGAAUACUAGUCAGAUUCAUGUCUGCCGAGCCACCACGGGAACUUCUGCCCUUUUUUUUUUCAUUGUUGACUUUGUAGUCACUUAGGGAGUGGCUGCUGACUAUCCUGUGCCCCGGCCUUUGACUGUCCCUUCUCCCUGCCGUGCCCACGCCGGCCAGGCUGGGGACUCCACUUAGUCUCCAGCAGCCCUGAGAGGUGAGUAGAGGUGUCCCUGCCUCUCGGAUGAGGGGCUUCUGCCCAUCUCCCCACGCCUUCGGGAAGCAGUCUGCCUCUGCCGGCUCUUGCCUCCUCGCCCUCCCUGCUGCGCUGCUGAACCCGCUCCGCCUGACUGUGCUGCCAGCAGUCCUGCCCUUUUCAUCACUGCUUUGCAACCUGGCUGAUCGUCACAUCCCUGCCACCGGAGAGCAGGCCGGGCCCACGAGAAGGCACCUGUGCCCUCGUGAGGCUGGCAUGCAGGAUGGCAGGACAGCCCAGUCACAUGCCCCACGGAGGGAGCCCGAACAACCUCUGCCACACCCCGGGGCCCGCACACCCUCCUGACCCCCAGAGGCACCCGAAUGCCCUGUCUUUUCGCUGCUCGCUGGCCGACUUCCAGAUCGAGAAGAAGAUCGGCCGAGGCCAGUUCAGCGAGGUGUACAAGGCCACCUGCCUGCUGGACAGGAAGACAGUGGCUCUGAAGAAGGUGCAGAUAUUUGAGAUGAUGGAUGCCAAGGCCAGGCAGGACUGUGUCAAGGAGAUCGGCCUCCUGAAGCAACUGAAUCAUCCGAACAUCAUCAAGUAUUUGGACUCAUUCAUCGAGGACAACGAGCUGAACAUCGUGCUGGAGCUGGCGGACGCAGGCGACCUCUCACAGAUGAUCAAGUAUUUCAAGAAGCAGAAGCGGCUCAUUCCCGAGAGGACGGUGUGGAAGUACUUUGUGCAGCUGUGCAGCGCCGUGGAGCACAUGCACUCACGCCGGGUGAUGCACCGAGACAUCAAGCCUGCCAACGUGUUCAUCACGGCCACCGGCAUCGUGAAGCUCGGUGACCUUGGCCUGGGCCGCUUCUUCAGCUCCGAGACCACCGCAGCCCACUCCCUAGUGGGGACACCAUACUACAUGUCACCGGAGAGGAUCCAUGAGAACGGCUACAACUUCAAGUCUGACAUCUGGUCUCUGGGCUGUUUGCUGUAUGAGAUGGCAGCUCUUCAGAGCCCCUUCUACGGAGAUAAGAUGAAUCUCUUCUCCCUCUGCCAGAAGAUCGAGCAGUGCGACUACCCGCCUCUCCCUGGAGAGCAUUACUCUGAGAAGUUACGAGAACUGGUCAGUAUGUGCAUCUACCCCGACCCCAACCAGAGACCCGACAUCGGAUACGUGCACCAGGUUGCCAGACAGAUGCACGUGUGGACUUCGAGCACCUGAGCGCGGACACGGCGUCCUCCUCAGAAGCCACGCCACUCUGCCUUACCUGAGUCUUCUCGCCACAGUGGCCACCGGGUAGCCGAGACCAACCGAGACAAGAGGGUUCCGCAGGUUCCCCAGAGGGGGCGUGGGCUUCACCGCAGAUGCUGAAUGCAGGGCCGCUGGGGGGAGGGGCACUGGUCACGUGUUACUGGUGGUCACAUUCGAAAGUCCUUUCUUUCAACUGUCAUGGACACGCUCAGCUGGGGUUUGUCGACAAGGGUGGUGGGUGGUUCAGCGAGCCUCUGCCGCACCCCUUCUAUCUGGAUUGUAAUGUGAAUCUUUAGGAUAAUUCCCUCAGUGACUUGUCAAGGUCUGUACUAAGGAGAAUCGCAGGAGGCUGUGUGAUUUGUAGUGAGCCUUUGAAAAUGGUUAGUAGCAAGUUCGGUUUAGCUCUUAGAAUCUUUCCAAACAAUCAAGCUGUGUGCUUAAUUUACUCUGUUGUAAAGGGAGAAAGCGGAAAUAAUUUUUUAAAAGUAGAGUGGAGAUUUUCCUAAUGUUUUUAUCUACAUGUGUAACUUGAGGAAUGACAAUGAGGAGAACCCAGCAUCUGGCAUAGAGGCAAAUCAUGUUUGAAAGCCACGAGUGUUUUCUGCGCAGUCCGGCUCAGCCAUCCUCUCCCGAACACCUGCUAUGUACCAGGCACUAGUCACCUGCUUGAAGGCUGGCAGUUCAUUUCAUGAUCAGUGUUAAGUGUUUUCCUCCGUGAGAAGAAAGCAUAGGAUACAAAAAAAUAUAAAGACUCUGCCCUCAGGCUGUUCUCUGUACAAGCUCUGGUUCUGCAGCUUCCUAGCAUGGCCUUGGGCGAGUUUCUUAGCCUCUCUGAGCCUGUUUCCUCAUCUGUAAAAUGGGACUAGUGACAUCUACCUUCAGGGUUGCUGGCAGAAUUUGAAAUAAAAUGUGUAAGUUAUCUAGCCCAUUGUAGAUGAUCCAAAAGUGGUAGCCACUCACCCCUUCACAAAACUAAAGUGCAUGGACCAUGGAGUCAAGAGUUAAUGUACAACUGUAUUAUUUGCAGGAAACCGGAAAUGUGUUCACUUAUUUCUUGUUCCCAAAUAGGAUUAACUGUGAAGACUAAUUUAUAAAUGUGAACUUACUUAAGGAAAACGCAAGCUCUGAAGGUAAUAGCUUGAAUUUUGUUUUUAUACUCAAGUUAAUCCUCAGAUGUCCCAAGCUGUCGUCCACUGACGUGGUGACAGUUCAGCCCUGCAGACAGAGCACAAGCCCUUCCGCCCCACUGGUGUCCUGGUCAGGCACUCUGACCCGUCUCCCUGGGGAGAAAGGACUGGGGCUGGGCCACACGCUGUUUCCAUGUGUGAACUCCGUUCUACUGUAACACUGUCAGGUUUGAGAGAUUUUCUUCAGAUGCAACCUUUGCUUUGUACUUGUUCUCCAUGGUUGAAAUAAAAUGGGGUGAGAGGGGUUCCUUCUG